GAAAUAUAAAUGCAAGAAAGACUCGGGAGAGCUUCAUAAAAACCUUCCACCCGUCAGUCAGUCUCGGAGGAUAAGAAAGAGACUGUUAACAGCAGCUGGAAAUGGCCUUUGGAGUUUCAGUAUCAUUGUAUCUCUUAUUCAAAGCAAUGACAGCCUUGACUGCAGGGGCAGCUGUGCCGGGAACACCCCCAGUCACAACCCAGCAAAGUAACUGGACAGUUAACAAAACAGAAGUUGACUACACAGAAGGACCCAUAGCCUUGAAGUUCUCACAUCCUUGCCUGGAAGACCACAAUAGUUACUGCAUCAAUGGUGUUUGCGCAUUCCACCAUGAGCUGGAGAAAGCCAUCUGCACGUGUUUUACUGGUUAUACUGGAGAAAGGUGUGAGCACUUGACCUUAACUUCAUAUGCUGUGGAUUCUUAUGAAAAAUACAUUGCAAUUGGGAUUGGUGUUGGAUUAUUAUUAAGUGGUUUUCUUGCUAUUUUUUACUGCUACAUAAGAAAGAGGUGUCUAAAAUUGAAAUCACCCUACAACAUCUGUUCCAGAGGAAGACCACUGUGAGGCCUUUGUCAGAAAUUUUCACGAGGCAUUUAUAAAAAUCAGUGGGCCCCAAACUGAAAUCUUCAAAUGAAACAACAAAACUUCCCAAGCUGACUGGACUGGAAAAUAAUGGAAGUUGGGAUCAUGAUGAAAUGAAAGAAUAAAUGUCAACGU